AUGAUCAUCCCAGUUCGAUGCUUCUCUUGCGGAAAGGUUGUUGGCGACCUUUGGGAGCGAUAUCUGCAACUUCUUGACGAGGGUAUCCCGGAUGGAGAUGCUAUGGAUCAGCUUGGCUGCAAGCGCUAUUGCUGUCGCAGAAUGAUCAUGACACAUGUUGAUCUCAUUGAAAAACUUCUCCGAUACAAUCCGUCUGAGAGAGACCGUGCCAAAGCGCAACAAGUAUAA